CGGUGGGCAAUUGCAACGUGUCCAAUUGUACUGUGCGCAAUUGAAGACCUCUCAUUACACACGAGCACGAGCUCUUUAUGCUAGAUGGUUGUGACGCCAAGCUAAUGGCAGACAAUACGGCAUUACGUAUAGGGCCCUGUUCGUCGAGAAUUUCAACGACUCAAUAAACAAUUCCAUGAUCAGGAGCAAAUGAUUCUUGCAGUUGCUGGCCAUCGUAGAGCAAGCCGUCCUUGUGUGUCUUGGAGAAUUGAGGAACGUGUGAUUGCUCUAGCUCGAAGUUAUCCUGUCAUGGGAUCACGCAUAGGCGCGCGAGUAGGGGUUGAUCAUAAAACAGUCUUGCGUAUUCUCCGUGAGGAAGGCCUACGACAUUUGAGUGACCAAUCAAAACAAAGAAUUUUACACAAAGCUUUAGAUUUGUGUUAAUUGUUUUUUAAUGUAGGGUUACUUGUAUAGUUUGCGUCUUUUGAUUUUUACGACUUUAUCAGAGUGUGCAGAAGUUACAUAAAAACGUGUUACCAUCAAAGAUUGAGGUCGUUUACUUGAAAAGUAAGUAUAAUUAAUUAUUACCUUUCACUAUUAAAUAUAUAGAAAUGUUAAAUGUAUUUAUUAUUAUAAUUACAUACAUAUUUCCAUCUGCAUAAUAGGUUUGAUUUACUUAUGAAAACUUGUAAAUAUAUCAAACAUUGAAUUGAUGUCUUGUUGAUCAACAUUUCUCAUUGAGAAAAGUAAUAAAUUACAUUACUUUUAAUAUAUACAUAUGUAAUAUUUACAAUUUUUUACAAUUUAACCAAACCUAUUGUGCAAGGUAAGAAAUGUAUGUACUGCGUUACUAAUAAAUACUAAUUGUUCUUACAUUGACUUAAUAUAUAAAAUGUAUAAUUUUCAGUAUUAAAUUCGAUUUCUGGGUAUUGAUCAUGUAAUUUUUCCUCUAGGGCGAAAACGUGAAAAGUGAAAAAUUUCAAGUUACUGUCUCUUUCUAUUCAACACAAUAGAAAGAGAUAGUUACAUGAAACUUUUCAUUUUUCAUGUUUUCGUCCUAGAGGAAAAAUUACAUGAUCGAUACCCUGUAAAAGCAAUAGAUAUUAAAAUUAUUAAAAUAAUAUUAACAUACAAUGUACCGUUUAACAACAUAUAUCUAGAGAAAAUAUCUAGAUCACAUAAGUUACCUCUAUAGUUAGUAAUUUGCUUUCUAAGAUUGUGUUCCGAAAUUCACUGUCAGUACUGAAAAUCUAUAGUUUGUAUUAUGUAUAUUAUAUAUUUUCAGUACUGGCAGUGAAUAUCGGAACACAACCUUACUCUAGCUUAAAAUAAUUGACAUCUUGCAUAUAUGUAUAAAAGUGAGGUAGAUAUCUAUUUCUUUUAUAUUUUAUCUUAUGUAAGAUAUUAACUGCUAACAAUAAGAUAAAGAUAGAAAAACAAUUGUCACUUUGUUUUAAAAUGCCAACAUCCAUGCUAUUAAAACAAAUGCUUGAUCUAGACAUAUGUACAUAACGUAUCAUUGUUAGCAGUUAAUAUUUUACAUAAGCUAAAAUGUGAAAGAUGUAUAUCUGUCUCACUUUUAUAUAUGCAAGAUGUCAACUACUUUAAACUAGAGUAAGAAAGCAAACUGUUAACUAGGGGUAACUUAUUUAAUCUAGAUAUUCUAGAUAUAUGUUGUUAAUAAAUGGUAUGUGUCAUUUAUUGUCAUUUUGUAAAUAUACAACAUUUUUGUGUAGUGUCCUCAAAAAAGAAGUCAAGUUUUGUAUGGAAAUAUUUCAUACGAAUGGAUACUGGUGGAAAAUGUAAAAUAUGCCAUGUAUUUGUCAAAAGUAGCGGAAAUACAAGAAAUUUAAAGUAUCAUCUGCAAAGGAUCGAAGCAUUCUUUACGAAUAGCCUAGAUGCAGAUGUGAAUGUAGACAUACCUAAUCAGCAGUGUGACAUAAUCACCAUAUCACCGUCUCAAUCCGCAAUACCGGCAUCAAACUCCAUAUCCUGCAGCUCGUCUACUAAUCAAAUGAUAACAAUGCCUAUUUCAAGUAAAUUUGAAGGCGAAACUUCGAGAAAAAAACGAUUAGUGCAACCAGAUAUUGGCACAGCGAUACAUGGUGGUGCAAACGCAGGUAAAAUCACUAACAGCAUACUAUUUAUGAUAGCAAAAGAUAAUCUUCCUUUCGCAACAGUGGAAAAAGAGGGCUUUCGAAAUUUGAUGCAUACUAUAAUACCAUUGUACAAAAUACCAAGUAGAAAAACUAUAACGACUCUUAUAGAAGAGAAAUACAUGAUGUUAUCCACAAUAAUAAAAGAGAGAUUAUCAUUAAUAGAGAAUAUUACUCUAACCGCAGACGUGUGGACUGAUACAUUGAAUACAAAAAGUUAUUUAGGUGUGACCGGACAUUACGCUUGGGAAGAUACUAUGAAAUCCGUUACAAUUAGUGUAACAGAAUUGACACAACGACAUACUGCUGAAUAUUUAGGAAAAUGGCUUUUUAAAAUAUGUAAUGAGUGGGGAAUAAAAACAGACACUAUUACAGUAAUUGUAACGGACAAUGGUGCAAACAUUGUCAAAGCUGCACUGAGAAAAAUGGUUUUAUUAUAAUAAUAAAACGGUUCUGGUUGAGCGUAUUUUUAUUAAACGAAACAGAAUUUCUGGUUAUCAUAACAAGAUUUUACAGCUUAUAACUACACCGUUUGGUUAACUGUACUAUAAGGAUUUGAUUAAGUGUUUUCUUGUUGGAUCUACAAAACUUCUUGUUGAAUCUACAAAAUAAUACAAAACUUCUUGUUAUAUUUACAAAAAUAGCGAUAAUGCUGGCGCCUUCGUUCUUGCAGUGCAAGUCGGUGCAUGCCAAUCUCGCGCAAACCAACGCGGUAUCGAUGCGAUACUAAUAUCACGCGGUACCCAUAAGGUAGCUACAUGCUUUAUAUUUGUUUCGUGUAUCUUACAAUCGUGUAUUUACAUUAUUCUAUUCAACGGCAUGGCGGACGAAAAAACGUCUUCUCUUCUGCGCGAAUGGAAUUUCGACAGCUAUAUAGAGAUUUUUAGAGGUUAGUAAAAUAUAUAUAAAAUAUAUGCAGUGUACUUUAAACCAAGAUAUAUUGUUAUUAUUUUAAAAACUCUAUCCGAACUCGUUUUUUAACCAAAAAAUUGUGUUAACCUAAUAAAACAAUAUAAUAAGAUUAACAAGAAAUUUUUGUAGAGUUUUGUAACCCUAACAAAACGAUGUAGUAAGAUUAACAAGAAAUAUUGGUAGAUUUUUGUAAACCUAACAAAACGAUGUAGUAAGAUUAACAAGAAAUUCUGAUAGAUUUAAACAGUAUGGAAUUAACCAGAAUCCUCUGGUAAUUUCAACUACAAAAUUUGUAUCGUCCAUUUUCGAACAAACGGACAGGUUGAAUCAACCAGAAUUUCUCAUAAAACAACAAAACUUUUUUUCCAGUGUGUUACUCAAAAUUUUGGAUCUGGAAAACACUUAACAUGUUUUGCACACACUCUCAAUCUAGUUGCAAUGCAAAUUAUCGAUGGUAGCGAAGAAAUUAAAACUUUAUGUGAGAAGGUAAAAACAUUAGUCACCUUUUUUAAACAAUCCGUAGCUGCUGCUAAUGAAUUAAAGAAAUUUGAAGAUUUGAAAUUGAUACAGAGCGUCGCAACUAGAUGGAACUCAACAUAUUAUAUGCUAAAGCGUUUUAUAACAUUGUCAGAGCGAAUAGGUUCGAUUUUAUUAAAAUAUCCCAAAGCUCUAUGUAUGUUAUCUGCAUCAGAUUUACAAUUAGCGAGAGAAAUCGUUUUAGUAUUAAGACCGCUUGAAAUUGCAACAAAAGAAAUAUGCGGUGAAACAUAUAUAUGUAACUGCGAGUAAAGUCAUCCCUCUAAUUAAUUGCUUAAAUAAUAAUAUAAAAGCUCUAGAUGCAAUAUUAAUAACAAAUGCUUUUAUAAGUUUAAAAGAAAGCCUUGUAAAUAAUUUAAUGAAUGGCUUUAAUCAAGUUGAAUUUAUCACUUUAUUAGCAAUCGCGACAAUUCUUAAUCCGCGGUUUAAACGAUUGCACUUUAACAAUAUAUUAGUCUGUUCUCAAGCACUUCAUGAGAUUUCCACAAUGAUGAAACCACAGAUAAUCAUGGAAAA